AUGAAAUUAAUUAAAUAAUUCUGUUCAUUUGUGGGAAAGGAAAUUGAUAUCAAACAAGCUAGUUUAAUUAACAUUAUAAGAAGUGAGAUAGCUGAAAAAGGAGCCAUUUCAUUUCCUAGAUUUUGGCAUCAAGCACUAUUACAUGAAAAGUUUGGUUAUUACAUGAAAUAAGAUGUAUUUAAUAAAGAUGGAGAUUUUGUGACAUCUGUUGAAAUAUCAUAGAUGUUUAAUGAAGUAUGAUCAAAUAUCUUAUAAAAUCAACAGUUAAUUGGAAUUUGGUUAUUGAAUACAUUCCAACAUAUUGGUGUUUUAGAUAAUAACUUUAGACCUACAAAUUAAAAAAUGCAUAUUCUAGAAUUUGGACCAGGUUUAGGUACUUUGAGUUCGAACGUGUUGAGAGUAUUUGCUUAAUUCAAUUUACUUGAAAAUAUUCAAUAUUCAUAUGUUGAAUAUAGUGAUUAUAUGCGUAAAAAGUAAUAGGAAGCUGUAUUAAAACAAUUAUAAAAAAGUAACAUCUAUCCUAAAUAUGAAUAUAAUAAUUAAAAAGUAGAAAAAUUUGAAAGUGCUGAAGUAAAUUUGAAAUGGUUUAAAAUGUAUGAACACUUCUUAUAUGAAGAAACAAGAGAAGGUUAACAUUGUGAUCCAGUAUUAAUAUUAGCUCAUGAAUUUUUUGAUGCAUUACCUGUAAAUAUAUUUGAAUAUUCUGGUGGUUAAUGGUGUGAGAAAUUAGUAGGAUUAGAUCAAGAUGGUAAAACUCUUAAAUUUAUACUUUCAAAUGGUCCUAAUUAAAAUGUUUAAAAAAUUCUAAAUCCAGAUAAAUAUUUCUCUCCAGAAAUUAAAAAAUUAAUAAAGGAAGGUGACACAAUUGAGAUUUCUCCUUAAAGUGGAGUCAUAGCUAAUUCUUUAGCUGAAUUAAUUGCAAAAGUUGGUGGAGCAGCACUCAUUAUUGAUUAUGGAGAAAAAAGAGCAUUUUCUGAUAGUAUUAGAGCUAUCCAAAGACAUAAAUUGAUGGAUAAAAAUGAUAUCUUAAAUAAACCUGGUGAUUGUGAUUUGAGUGCUUAUGUUAAUUUUAUGGCAUUAGAAUAAGCAGCACUUAAAGUAGAAGGCAUUAAAGUUCCAGAACUUAUGACAUAAGGUAAUUGGUUAGAAUAAAUGGGAAUUUAAGCAAGAUUAUAAGUUUAUUAUAUUUAAAUAUUAAUUAGAUACUAUGUAAAAAUGCUAACAAAGCAACAGAAAAGAGAUUACAGUCUGAAUAUGAGAGAUUAGUACAUUCAAAUUAGAUGGGAUCUAAUUUCAAAUUUAUGUGUAUUCAUAGAACCAAGAAUAAUAAUCUAUUCCCUUUUAUAUAGGAUGCAUAAUAAAUAUAUUAUUGA